ACGGUUUAGGCAAAAAAAAAAAAAAAAACGACUAUAAAAUUAAUGUUUUUUAUUCCCUGUUGAUGUGAUUUCCAUAUACAUUUAACUCAGUGGUUCCCAAACUAGGGGGCGCCUUUUGCAGGGAGGGCACAUCAGGACAAAUUCGUUUAGAUUGUAAAGCUGUCUUUGUUUGUGCCACAGUGAGAGAAUUGGACUGAUGUGUAAUUUUAUUGCCUUUGUUUUAUGAAUCUGGCUGAAAAUAUUCCUCAAGGUUUUUCUCCGUUAAACUUUUAGCUGAUGGUUUUAGACUUUUGUAUUUUAUUACUUUAUUAUUGUAAAAACAUAAGAACGAGAACAAGUUGGUUCUGUUUAAAAUUGUGUUUUUGGUGCAAAAGUUUCUUCAUUUAUCUGAUGAAAAUGUGAAAAAUAAGGACCUUAGUAUCUGCUAACACCGCUGCUUAUACAGGUGUUAUUAUUAUUACUCAUAUAUUUAGUUGAUUCUUUUUACACUUUUAUAAUAAAACACUUGUCUGACUUUAACAGAAUUCUUUUCCUUAUGUGUGAGUGUGUGAGUGUGUGUGUAUUUGGAAGGUGAAGGGUUAAUUUGUGGCCAGGAAACCUGAUGCUAAUUAAGCCUGAGGAAUGCCACAUACUGACAUAGUAGUGCAGGAGGCUGCAGAGCGGCGCAGACACGGAGGGAAGCAGCGGGAAUUCUGCCCGUGUCUAAUGUUUUUAUUCCCUGGACUCAGACUGGAACCUCAGCACUGACGCUGCCCAUUUUCCUGAUGCCAAAAUGAUUUCCCUAACACCGAUGCUCUCUCUGCUGCUGCUGCUGCUCUCCUGGGUGUCGGUCCACAGCACAGCGCAGCCUGGCGCAGACUUCUGCCGAGGGGUGCACUGCUCCGGCGGGGACGUCCGCGAUCCAAGACCGUGCACGGGAGAUCACUGUCCCGGGGGCAGAUCCUCGAGACAGUCGCGGCAGUUCAACCCCUCAGCGCAGGGCAGAGCGGCGCAGAUCGUUGGCAGCCACUACCACGCGUACCCGAACUCUCCACAAGCUGCGGCGCAGGCGUUUCCCGGCGCUCAUACGCACCGCGGACGGCACAGCGACGGCAGCGGCCACGGAGGCGGCGCAGGCGCGCGGAGCAGAGCGCCCGAGGCUCAACCUGCGGGAUGCACCGACGCCGGCUGCCCCCCGCCUGUCAGACAGUUCCAGCCGGUUGUGAACGACACCCGGGACUGCAGGGGGAUCGAGUGCAGACUUCCCGCGAGGAUUCGAUUGAACAAGGCUCGAGUGAGGACCUGUGUCGGGGAGGGUUGUCUGCUGGCCGAUGCCGAGGAGAGUCACUUCCCUCCGGUCCAUGUGGCCGACAGAGCCGCGCAGUUUCUGGGAGAUUUCCCGGAGUUUGGACAUCCUCCGUCGGAGCUUGGCAGCGCGCCCCUGGGUGUCCAGCUCACAUGUGACAUCAAGCCAGGUGAGAACGAAGUCCCCUCAGAAGACGCCCUCAUCCUGCACCUCCAGUUGGCCAAAGGUCAGGAGAAGCUGGUGGAGGCGCUGCGUUCCCAGCAGAUGGUCAUCCGUGAGCUGCAGCAGAAGCUUGUGGACCAACAGGAAGUGCUGCUGUCCCAGCAACGUGAAAUCCUGGAGCAGCAGCAGCGCAUGUACGAGCAGAUGGACGUGGUGAAGUCUCAGUACGGCCUCCUCUCCGACACCGUCAAGCAGGUGUCCUUCCAAGGCCUGCAGGCUGAGCUGCAGAGCUACUUUGAGAGCCACUUGGCCGGACUGCAGAGCCAGGCGCGCAGCCACCUGCAGAAGUCGUACGCCGACCACAAGAUGGACAUGGACACGAAGGGGAUGGACGUAGUUGGAGAAGCUCAUUUCCCUCGGCCUGCGUUGAUGUGUCUGUCUCCCUGUGGACCAGAGGAGUUCUGUGACUUCCAGAGGGAUCCGCCUCAGUGUGAAAAGUGCACCAUGUGUCCACCAGGCUUCUUCCUGAUAUCGCAGUGUUCCUCAACUGCAGACCGGAUGUGCCAGGACAGAGAUGAAUGCCUCGAACUACCAAGCAUUUGUGGAGAGAGAGUAAAGUGUCUGAACACACCAGGAGGCUUCAGGUGUCUGGGAGUGUCUGAGAGAGAAGCAGAGAUGGGCCUGUGUGGCAACGAUUACUUCUACAACCAGGAGUUGCAGGAGUGCCAGGCCUGCUCCGACUGUGACGGAGAACCCGUCGCCCUUCCCUGCACAGCCCUCAGCGACGCCGUCUGCAGCCAGCUGUCAGAGAGCCGACUCUCCCAGGCUUGGGCAGCCAAAGUAACGAUUCCCUCCGCCAGGGCCUCCGGCACUCCCAUCUUCCCUGGGCUCCAAAUCAACAUCCGUGGUAAGGAUAGCAGCGAUUUGCUGUCAAACGACGCGGGGAAGGUGACCUUCCUGCAGCACGGUCUGGUGUGGUUGGAUCAUAACUUUGCACUAAAGCACAGUUGCAGGAAUUUCCUACAAGUUGGAAUGAGGCUCAACGGGAGCCAGGAGGAAGAAGGUUUGGACCUCAGUGGAGUUCGCAUCGAACAACCGGAUGGGAAGUACAUCCAGGGUGUGAGUGUUAGUACCGGGGUUGAAGUAGAGCCUAAUCAUACCCUAACUCUUCUGCUGAGGAGUCCCAAUCAGCACUGCAACCAGAGUAAGGAUCUCCACGUUUAUGAUGUAACUGCUCCUGCCUUCAGCCUCCUCUGGUUGUCUCAUGACACCGGAGCCGUGGCCAUGACGGCCCAGAUGUCUCUGUUGGUCCACUACCAAACCAACUACCGCCCGACUUUCCGUCUUACCUCAGUGUCGGACCCAUAUAUGAUCAGCCUGACCCACGACAACCGCGGCGUUCGCUUCACAGAGAGUGGAGUGGUGAAGUUCAUCCUCCAGCAGGCGCUCUACUCCAUGGGCCAAACCUGUGUUCGCGAGGGUUUCUCCCUGAUCGCCUACGCCAACCGCAAUGGCACUGGUCGUGAGGUGAUGCAGGCCUUCAAGGCGGGGGUCAACUACAGGGACACCUCCAUCACCCUCUCUGGAGCGGUCAGCGUGGACAGUGGAGAUACCCUCAGCUUUGAGAUCACGUCUCCUUCCCAGUGCAACAUCCGUUAUUUUGGGGACGGCACUGGCAUCAGCAUGCUGAGCCUCAUCUGGAUACCUUCAGCGGUAUCGUCGGCGUUGACCGCCACCGUGUCCAGGACCGGUCUUCCAUCUGGAGCGGUCAGGAACAAACCUCUGCAGUUCCAGCAGACCAGCUCAGACACACCCCAGGUCCACUUGGCCCGCGCUGGUGAACCCAACAGCCGGAAGAACUUUGUUUUCCAUGAGAAGGGGACAGCGAACAUAGCUCUCAAUCUGAAGCUCAUCCACUCUUGUAAUAUCGUAAAACUCACUUUACAUAUGGUGGCAGGUUCAGACCAGAGCGGUCAGGCGGGUCCUGUGGCUCAGCAGGUGUCUGGAUCCAUGCCUGAAGGCAGUGAGUGGGCCAGCAUCGGCCUGAGGGCCUCGUUUCAGGUCCAGAACGGCACUGCUGUCUACGUGACCCUGGACUGUAUCCGAGGGCGAGUGAACCAGAUAACACACGAAGGAGGAACUAACAUUUCAAUUCUCUGGGUUGCAGUGUGAUUCUUAAAAAGGCGGAGCCUAACGGAGCCCUCAAUAACACCAUUGGUGAAGAAAAUGAAAAAAAAACCCCAAACCAAAACAAACCAAAACAAAACAUUUUUGCACAACUUUGAAUUGCAGAGCAAAUUCAACAAUCUACCAAAUCGUGGGAACUGGUGAGGAGAAAAUGUUAUAAUCUGUUCUCAAUAUUUUAUCAUUUUCUAUUGUUUUGGGUUUUUUUUUAAAUGUGUGUUUUAUCUUGUUCUAGACUUUUAUUUGUGAAACCUUUGGUUUUACUCUCUAUAAGUACUGCCUUUGCUUGAAGUACUUCGGCUGGUUGAGCAGUGACCAACUUUUCAUGGAAUGUUUGGGUGUGUGAUUGUGUAAGUCUGUGUGUGUGUGUGUGUGUUCAAAAGUGUGUAUAGACAUUUUGGCAUGCUUCCUUUUGCAUUUUAUACGUACGAGUCUUUUGAUAUUCUAAAUCUUUCCAUCCAUGCAUAUAUUGGAACAUACAUACCGUGUGUAACAAACAUCUGUGUAUCGUAUUUUAUGAGGCUUUUUUGAUGCAGUAGUUUGGAAUUCUGGGUAAUUCCACUUACCAGAUUUGCUGAAUUAAUACCAUGUGGAGCAGCUAAUAGGCUUAGCAUACGCACGGUGGAGAGGCCAGUCUGGUAUUGUCAAGGUGCAUUAAAUACAUGAUAUACGUAAGUUGCUUGUUUGAUCAAAUUUGUAAAAAAAAGA